AUGGAGAAAGUCUAUAGCAACAAAGCUAAAAAUCAUCGAAAAUCCAACGCCGAAUCUCCUAAGCUUCGUGACGAUGAUGUCCCCGACACUAUUGACAAUGCGGAUGAAUCCUUGUCCAAUCUCGAUCAUGAUCAAAUCUCAACCGCCAUUGAUUGUUUCAUCGACGAAUUAUCCACCGAUGACAAAACCACCUCACCCGAACUUCCUGAUAUCGUUGACACGUUUGUUAAAAUCGUCGAGUCAAAUAUCAAAGCGUAUAAUAAUAUACAAUCGGGGAUAAGAUUUGCGAAAAUAACAAAGGAAGACGAGCUUUUCAUGGAGGCGAUUAAACGCUUAUCGAAGCUAAAAAUCGCAUUGGGUGAGUUUCCUAAUUCGGCGUCGUUUAAUACCAUCAAGCAAGUCUUGCAACUAGCCAUUGUGUUGAUUGAAGACGAAUUUCGCGCUAUUUUACAAGACUCAAAUGCUCCUUCGGAGACGAUUACCAAAGGGGCUGAACCCGAAUGGUAUAACCACGAUGACUUUCCGGGUUAUUCGAAAGAAAAUGUAAUUCUUAUGAACAAAAUCGCUUCGGUGAUGAUUCCCGCGGGGUAUCAAUAUGAAUGUUGUUUGGCUUAUAGUGAGAUACGGAAAGAUGAAUUGGAUGAUCAAAUAAAGAGAUUUGAAUUUGAUAAAGUGAGUAUGGAAGAUGUGCAUAAAUCGAAAUGGGUUUCGUUAGAGCCGGAUAUAACCCGAUGGGUCAAGUUAACGAACCAUUGUUCGCGUGUUCUUUUUGUAGAAGAACGAAAGCUCGGAGAAACUGUUUUCUCCGAGCACCUCCCGGUUUUCACGGGUAUGUUCAUCAACCUUAUUCGCGGGAUCACCACUUCACUUCUCGAAUUCCCCACCACUGUGGCUAUUGAGAAGCCAAAGGCGAAACGCUUGUUUAAAUUCCUUGAUAUAUACGAAUCAAUCCGUGAUCUUAGCGUCGCGAUCGAGGAAUCGGAUUCCAGCGACGUUAAGCUAGAAGAAUAUUGCAAUCUCAAAUCGGAGAUAUCAGUCGUUGGUGAUACCAUUGGCGAGGUGGUCGUAAACAUGUUCAAUGAUUUGAAACAAACCAUUAGUAACGACAAUAACAAAACCACGGUCCAAGGGGCGGUGCACCCCCUAACCCGCUAUGUUAUGGGCUACGUAAAAUGCGCGUUCGACGAUUAUCAUAACACACUAGAACAUAUUUUCCGGAAACAUGUCGAAAAUGAAGCUUCAUCGAACAUGGAAAACUCAUCUUUGUCGCAACAAUUAUUGGAUGUGAUCGAACUGCUAGACGCUAACCUGGAAACAAAAUCAACAUCCUACAAAGAUCCAUCGUUACGCUACAUAUUUCUGAUGAACAACAAUCGGUUUGUAUUACAACUAGUGAAAGAAACAAACGAGAUGAAGCAGGUAAUCGGAGAUAACUGGUGUCGUCGAAAGUCAUCCGACGUUAGAAACUACCACAAGAGUUAUCAACGCGAAACAUGGACGAAGUUAUUACAAUGGCUCACACAAGAAGGCAUUCAAGUGCAUGGAAAACCGAGUAGACGAGUAUUGAAAGAUAGAUUCAAGAACUUUAACGCGAUGUUUGAUGAGAUACAUAAGACACAAAGCACAUGGGUUGUGAGUGACCAACAAUUGUUGUCCGAGAUGAGGGUGUCGAUAAAUGCGGUGGUGAGUCCGGCGUAUAGAUCGUUCAUUGGUCGGUAUAAAUCGCAGUUCGAGGGGAGUAAGAGCAUUGAUAAAUAUAUAAAGUAUCAACCGGAGGAUAUCGAGUCAUUGAUCGAGACUUUAUUCGAAGGUACGGAGAAGGUUGAGACUCAACUAAACGGGAUACAAGCUCUAUCAACCGUGAAGCAAACAACCGGGGCCUUCAAAAAUCUAUUGAAAACAUAUAAAAAUGUUGGACUUAUGAAGAUGUGA